GUGCAAAGUGAAAAGUUCGAGAAUAUCUUUACUGGUUGUGUUGUACCAAAUAGCGGCUAUUUUGGUGACUCAUUGAUCAGUAAAAUAUAAAGGAAUCAGUCGGCAAAUAAUAUUUAAGCACUUGAGGGUCAGUUUGUAAAUCGGAAGUAAAUCUAAUCGGAACGUCAUGUCGUGGUACUACACGCCAAAGCCAACUGUGUACCCUGCCCCGGACUUUAAUCCAUCGGCUGAUGCAGCUGCCUUGCGCAAAGCCAUGAAAGGGUUCGGAACCGAUGAGCAGGCGAUUAUCGACAUUUUAUGUGCCCGUUCCAAUUGGCAACGACAGGCGAUUUCGGAGGCUUUCACUAGGGAGCUGGGUCGCGAUCUGAUCAAGGAUCUGAAGUCGGAACUAGGCGGCAAGUUUGAGGAUGUCAUAAUUGGUCUCAUGCUACCGCCGGUAAACUACCUUUGCAAGCAACUUUAUAAAGCCAUGGACGGUAUCGGUACCAACGAGCGAGCGCUAAUUGAAAUUCUUUGCUCGCAAAACAACGAACAAAUGCAUCACAUAUCGCGAGUGUACGAAGAAAUGUACGACAGGCCACUGGCGGAACAUGUGUGCACUGAAACGUCUGGUGACUUUAGACGACUGCUGACUUUGAUCAUUACCGGAACGCGUGACCCACCUGGUACUGUCGACCCGGACUAUGCUGUGGCUCAGGCCAAACAGUUGUAUGACGCCGGCGAAGGCAAAUGGGGUACGGAUGAAUCUGUUUUCUCCAAGAUUCUAGCGCACUCCAGCUUCGAUCAGUUGGAGUAUGUAUUUGAAGAGUACAAAAAAUUGUCCGGUCGCACAAUAGAACAGGCUCUGAAGGCUGAGUUGAGUGGCGAUUUUUACGAGGCACUCAGUGCGAUUGUCGAAUGUGUUCAAAUGGCACCUCAUUUCUUUGCAAAACGUUUAUUCGAAGCUAUGGAUGGACUCGGCACAGACGAUACCACUCUGAUAAGAAUUAUCGUGUCUCGUUCCGAAAUUGACCUGCAGAAUAUUAAAGACGAAUAUGAACAAAUGUACAACAAAACGCUGAUGAGUGCAGUAAAGAGUGAAACAUCUGGAGACUAUAAGAGAGCGCUAUGCGCCUUGAUUGGUAGUGCCUAAGGACAGUAACAAUUUCCAGGGUAUGAAUCUCUACAAUUACUAAACUCAAUGUGGUCGUAUAACAUUGUGCAUGGUUUCAUUCAGACAUUUGCAAAUGUCGAAUCUUUUAUAUCUAUUUUGUGUACCGAAAGUGCCAACGUUAUGUGUAAGCGAACAAAUUCGUAAUCUCUUAAACCAAAAAGUGAAUGUUACUUAGUUUGUCUGUAAUUUCCAUUUUUGUAAUCUCAUAUAUACACGACAAUUUUACACAAUAGUAUUAUCAAAGAAUCAAAGAAUCAAAUAAACAUGUUU